AUGGCCUUGAAGCACUUCUGGCAAGAUUAUGUGGUGCUGAAACCGAAGCCUGGUUCCUUUGGCGCCAACGAUGCAGAUGCUAUUGCGUAUACCAACGAAGACAUGGAUCCAAUCAAGCGAAAAGACCGCACAUAUCAAUGGUACCAGAUGGGUCUCUUCUGGAUCGCCGAAGGAUUCAAUGCUGCCCAACUACAGGUGUCCAGCUCCGCCUUCUCUCUCGGCCUCAAUCCAGGAUUAUGUGUCGUCGCCUGUCUCUUGGGCAAUAUCAUCGUCUCCAUCCCGUGCGCGGCCUCUGGAUAUCUAGGAAGUAAACUGGGGACGAAUUUCCCUGGUGUUGUUCGGGCUUCAUUUGGACUAUGGGGAUCUAAGUGGGCUAUGAUUGUUCGAGCAGUCCCUUGCCUGAUAUACUACGGGAUCCAAACGAGUCUCGCUGGUCAAGCGGUUCAGGCGUGUAUUACAGCUAUCUGGCCCUCCUUCCGCCACUGGAAAGUCAAUGCCUUUCCAGCAUCUGCCAACAUCACCGCCCAGGAACUCCUCUGCUUUGUCAUCUUUUGGCUCAUAUCGCUACCGUUUCUUUACCUACCGAUCAGAACACUACGCUUUUUGUUCGUGGUGAAGAGCAUUAUGGUGCCACUAUACUGGACCGCGUUAUUUACCUGGUCGAUCACUGCUGCAGGGGGAUGGCCCAAGGUCUGGACGAAACCCAGUAUCCCGACUAAUGGCAUGUCCGUCGGGUAUCUCUUUGGCAUCUGCGUGAAUGCCGCCAUCUCUGGCAACGCCACUUUUGCCGUCAAUAUCAUGGAUAUAUCUCGACACUCGAAGAGCGACAAGGCGGCUUACUUGACUCAACUCUUCGCCCUCCCGGUCUUCGUCACGUUGACUGAGCUCCUAGGAUGCACGAUGGCCGUGGCUUCAUCUGUGGUCUACGGCGAAGUUCAGUGGAACCCACUCGUUACUAUCAACAACUUCGAGGCGCGCGGAGGCAAAUUCUUUGCCGGAAUCAUGUUCGUCUUCUUCAACAUAAUGACCAACGUUACCGGAAACUCCAUCCCUUUUGCCAACGAUCUAACGGGCCUAUUCCCAAAAUAUAUCAAUAUCCGUCGAGGGCAGUUUAUCUGUGCGGUGAUCGGAUUUGCGAUCUGUCCCUGGCAGAUUCAAGCCAAAGCCACCACGUUCCUAGCGUUCAUGGGCGCGUACACACUCUUCCUGGGGGCGACGACGGGAGUUAUGAUGACCGACUACUUCUGGAUCCGUCGUGGCUACGGCAUCAACAUCUCCCAUCUUUUCAAGCCGCACGGAAUCUACUGGUAUGACUACGGGUUCAACUGGCGGGCCUUUGUGGCGUGGUUCGUGGCCCUGAGCCCCUUGCUUCCCGGCAUGCUCCAGACCAUGGGGGUCAAGAUCACCAAUAAAGGCAUCCUGAACCUGUAUUCCUGGAACUACGUCCUCGUGGUCACCUUCUCGGGCCUCCUGUACGUGGCCCUGACGACCGCUGCGCCGGUCCCUGUCAAGACAAAUGAUGAAGAUCUGGGAAAGCUCUACUUGAUUGACGGCCUUGAUCCCGAGAUCACCACGGGCAUGUUGCCCGCUGGCGGCGGUGGUGAUGAUGGCCGAAGCGAGAAUGAGGGCAAGAACGGCGAGAGUGAAAAGAAGGGAUUCGAGAGCCAGGUCAAUGCUCAUUUCGUGGGCAGCGUGGUCUGA